AUCAACGUAUUGGAAUUGCUUGCGGCUUUCUUUGCCCUAAAAUGUUAUUGCAGCAAAAUGGGGAACUGCCACAUACAGCUUCAGAUCGAUAAUACCACGGCCAUUGCGUACAUUAACAACAUGGGGGGCUCUAAAUCAAAAGAACUUGACCAAUUGGCUUUUCAAAUUUGGGAAUGGUGUAUAACUAGGCACAUUUGGCUCUCCGCUGUUCAUAUUACUGGUCGGCUGAAUACCGGUGCUGAUGAAAAAUCUCGCGUGUUUUCGGACAACCAUGAGUGGAUGUUAAACAAACAGUUGUUUGACGACAUCCUAUCACACCACCCUGGGCUGGAUUGUGAUCUUUUUGCCAGCAGAUUAAUUUUUCAGAUCAGCACUUAUUGCUCGUGGCGCGGAGAUCCACACAGUGCCCACAUCGAUGCUUUUACUAUGAGCUGGAGUGGUUACAAAUUUUAUGCAUUUCCACCUUUCAGCCUCCUCCCCAAAUGUUUACAGAAAAUCAGACAGGACAGAGCGCACGGAAUACUCAUUGCUCCUCUUUGGCCAACACAGACGUGGUUCCCUCUCCUGCUACAAUACCUGUGCGAUCAACCUUGGAUUCUGCUUCCACGCCCGGAUCUUCUGAAACACCCCUCACACAGUCGACCCCACCCGCUGCACAAGAAACUCCACCUAAUGGUAUGUCCUGUGUCAGGGGAGCCUUCAGCCGCUACAGCUUUUCAGAAGAAGUUACCGAUGUGCUCAUGGCCUCUUGGCGGUCAGGCACGCAGAAACAGUACCAAACCUAUCUUAACAAAUGGAUGGCGUUUUGCGGUGAGAGGAAGAUUGCUUACUAUUCACCACUGCUAA